CAAAAUGGUGGACGGGGCUGUCGAAAUCUAAAAAUAAAAUUUCGAACUAGCUUGCAACGAGGACAACCUGACUGAUACACUACACUAGCGUGCAUAACUUCGUAUACACAGACGUGGACAACCUGGUUGAUAGGGCAGUGCAUCAAGGUGUAUAAUCUGAUCAAAACGAUGAGUACUUUGACCAAAGCAAUAAUAGUGACUACUGUUGUGCUUCUGUUUACACGUGGAAUCUGUGGUCGCCAUGCUGUUGAAGCUUCAAAGAGAGAUAUCGUUAAAGCAGAAACUGGUAAUAACGAAGUACUUGAAGAUGAUUUAACGUUACCAGAACGUUGGAACGAGGAAGGUCCCAUGGCAGAUGCAAUGUUAUACAUCUCAGAACGCUCAAGGAGAAUGUUCAUAAAUGACUGUCUGAAUGGUAGAUCAGCAUGUACUUAUGAUUUAGUAGGCGAGACGGGGAAAUAUCGAUGGAAUUCAGAUCUUUCUAUCGAAGCUAAAAUCAGAUUUUGGAAAUUUUACGAGUGUACGCUUACAAAGAAAAGUACAGACUGUCCUAUAGACGGUCAAUGGUCAACAUGGUCAAGUUGGCACAAUUGUAACGCUACGUGCGGACAAGGUGUACGUAUCAGAGACCGUGAAUGUGAUCAUCCAAAGCCAAAAAAUAAUGGAUUCAAAUGCUCUGGACCACUAAAACAGGAGAAAUUAUGUGAUGGAGCAUGUAUCACAGAAGACAAAGACGUAUCAAAGUUAAGCCCCCCUCAACAAGAAGCGUAUGCAAUUCUAAGAGCGAAACACGCAGCACACCCUUUACUUCUGGCUAAGUGCUAUACUAAGCACUGCAUAUAUCGUGACGUUCAACAUAUCAUUGACAAGACAGAUGCAGAUGUGUACUGGUCCGCCCUUCACUGUUUUAAAUACGGAAAUGCUUGUCCAAUCAAUGGAAAAUGGUCUGAAUGGACAGGGUGGGGAAAAUGUAAUGCUGCUUGCAAUAUGGGUAUCAAAGUAAGAACCCGGAUGUGUAAUCAACCUGCUCCUACCGCCAAUGGAAACUGGUGUGAAGGAGAGUCAAUGGAGAGAGCACCAUGCGAAAUUCAAACAUGUGACCCUAGUUCCAUAGGUCAUUGGAAGCAAUGGGAAGCAUGGGGAUUGUGUACUAAGACUUGUGGAGGUGGAGUAUCAGUUCGAAAGAGAGAAUGCAAAGAUACCCGAGAAUGUGAAGGUGAAGAAACACAAUCAUCGCCAUGUAAAAGUGAGAGGUGUUCCGUAAAGGGACAAUGGGCAAAUUGGGGUACUUGGAACGCUUGCUCACGACAAUGUGGGCUGGGAGUCUCUCUAAGAGACAGGACAUGUAGUAAUCCUAUACCGUCUGGAAGUGGCCAGAUUUGCAAAGGACCGGGUACCGAGAUAGGUUAUUGCUACAAAUCACCAUGCGUUCAUCACUCUGAAAAGGUGGCCGUAUUUUCCGGAAACAGUUACAUCGAAUACUCCGAGCCUUCCAUGGUGGCGAGUAGGACCCUGAUUGUCUAUAUCCGCUUUAAACCAAAUAGCAACGGGGGAAUUCUUUACCAAAGCUUCCACAAACCAGAAGAAUGUAAAAUAAUGUUAAAGAUUUGUUCAAACAAAAUUGUCCUGGAGCUGAUCAAUGGUUUGGUUGUGCUUGAUUCAACGAUGGGAGACGCCAAAUUGAAGAUUACCUCAACGGCUAAGAUACUAUUGGACAGAUGGAACACGGCAUUGGUCACAUUAACAGGGCAACAAGGAACACUGACUUUAAAUGAUAAACAUCACUAUUUUGGCUCAUACACAAUGGAACCUUCAACCGAUUAUAACAUGCCAACUUUAAUUGGUGUCGGAUUCACAGGCGCAAUUUCGAAGCUUACUAUUAAUUUCCGAGCUGUGCCACUUAAUAAACGGAUCAAUUUCUGGAAAGGCCACGGCUCACCUCUAGCUUUGGAACAUGUAGAGUUUAAUCCUGCUGAUAUCGAGGCGACUUUACCUGAAUUUAACGGUGACGUAUACUCGCAAAUCUAUCAUAUCCAUGACACAGCGAAUGAGCACAGCGUCCAGUACAAGGUAAUUGUUAAACCAAAGGAAACCCUGGCUGGAUAUAUUGUUUAUAACGAAGGCGUGACUAGUGGAAGUUUCACGUAUUUAAAGCUUGAUGAAUCUGCUCUGAAAUGCUGUGUUAAUCCAGGCUCGAAUGAGAAAGAAGCAUGUGUAUCAAGUGAGAAUAUCCUCCCGGAGAAAUGGUACCUUAUCGAAUGUACGAUACAAGAAAAUCACAUAGAGAUUAGAGUUGAUAACAACCCACCCGUUGAGACUAUUAUCAGUGGUCAGCCUUACCUCCCAAAACCAGAUUGGUACGUCGGUGGAGUUCCCGAGGAGAAAGACGGAUUAAAACUUGAAUCUUCAAGUAGGAAAACUCAAGGGUUUGAUGGCUAUAUCGAUGCUUUUGUUAUUGGUGAUCAGCACCAUAAUAUGGCACAGACCGCUUUAGUUAGUCCAAAAGGUUAUGUCAAUGCAAUGGGGAUGUCCAUUGCUGAACGAUUUAAAGAUCUUUAUGAACCUGCUGCGAGCAUUGUACUGCUAAGAUGCAGCUACGCUAGAUACGCAGCAGCCAUCAAUGGUACACCAGUGACUGUCAUGUGGUUAAAUGGUACACAACUUGUACGUUUUGAUAACUUUGUAAAACUUGAACCAGAUUCUCCAGCUGAUAAGGAUGUUAGUGUUCUCAGAAUAGACCCACCAGAAGGCUAUGCCCAUCAAUACGAAAGUUCGUACGAAUGUCUGAUUUUUGCAAAUAAUCAAUUCAUCUUAAAAGCGUACGCAUUGACGUUCAAGGAUAAACACCUCGACACCGAAGAAGAAAUUAUUGAUAAAGCCGAGAGAACUAUUACUAUAACUGCCAUUGUGUUUGGACCAAUAUCAGUAGUCAUUUUGGCUGUUGGUAUUAUCGUUACGCUACGCGCGAAAAAUAAAAACGCGCGAAAGGAAGAGUUCAAACGGACUUUCGAGCGCUUCGCCGACGAAGUGGCCAAUACUGAUGAGGAUGAGCCUAUCAGAAAUAAUAACGAUGGGGAAGGCUCGGCGGGUUCGAGUUUAAUGUCCCUGGCAAGAGCAGCGAUAAAAAGGGAACACAUGACGACAAUACCAUCGGGUCUAUCAAUAGGAUCCUAUACACCGAACAGAAAUAUCAAUAUGUCUCAAAGGAGAUCGGAUGAAGCCGUGGACACAUUAAGGUCACAGGGAAUUUCCAAAUACGGCAUGGAAAAUAACGGCCUAUUGGCCAAGGACAGUGACAGUGAUAGCGAGGAUGAUACAGUGUUCUCAUAUGUGCCACCUAAAAUAACCAUGGAAAGACAGAUAUUCCCUUCGCUGCCGACGGGAAUAUCGAACAAUGUCAAUGAAAACAAAGGUGGACAUGUGCCGACAAACGUUCCUUCAUCACCAUUUCCAAAAGUUAUGUUAAAGGCAAAAAUAUCAGAGUCUCUGUUGAAUUAGCUUCGUGAGCUGAACUAAUCAGUCAUCUUAUCAAGAAGGUUGAACGUUGUAAUUUGUUAUUAGCCCGUGAACAAGCUGUCGUGAUGACUUACUCGGCCUAUUACUAUGUCUGAUGUGAUGACGUCUUUCAAAAACCCGAGAAUUCCGCUUAUCUUUUGGUAAUACCUAAAGUGACUAAAGCCGCAUUCACGUCAUUAGCUCAGUCCGCAUAUUGAGAAUAAUUAAAGGAGCACUAUUUCUAAAACUGUGAACCAAAAUUAUAAGAAUUUUCAUAUGUAGAAAACUCGGUAAAUAAUAACACCAUCAAUUGUAUUUAGACUUUGAUACAAACCUUCUUUUCUGUACAUAUUAGAGCUUUGAAAAUACAUUUACUCGCCUCGUAUAUUUAAUUGCCUUUAAGAAUAUACCCCUUAUAGUUUGUACAUGUUAAACUGCUUACUAGGUGAGUGAUUUCUUUCAAGACUUGGUAUUUUGAGGAAUAAAGCUUCGUAUCAAGUCUGUUGAUGGUGAAAAUCGCAGGCUGAAAAACAGAUUUGGAUAUUUUUGAUACGGAUCCACUUUAAGAUUGUAAUCUUGUUAGUUACAUAUUAUUCUGAAAUACACUCUCUCCAUUAAUUUGGCAACAGGAAGUUUUCUUUGGAUAGCAUAUUUAUAGCAUGUAAAUGUUUGAAUCUUAAUUUUGCAGCGUUAUUUCAAAGUUUGGACAUGUAUGGCUAUGAUUUUUUCAAAUCGCCAAUCAUUAAUAAAUGAUCAAAACAAGAAAUUCCGUUGCCAAAUUUAUGGACGGGAGUGUGAAUAACACGGCAAAUUCAAAUUCGCAUUUCAUGUAUUAGUAAUACAAAUAUUUUAAAUAUACUAAAAGGAAAGUACCAUAGGUACACGCAAAUUAUAAAGAUUGAAUUUCAAAUCUUACCAUUUGCUUCACUAAUCAAUCCAAUCUGUGCUAGCAUUUCUUCGGAGCGAGUCUGUUUUGGUUGCAUACAUACU